AUGUACCACCUCCUCACAGGACUCGUCAAGCAUCUCACACGCAAGGAAGAAUUCAAUGUCAUCAUCCUCGGCCUCGACAAUGCAGGCAAGACUACCUUUCUCGAGCGUGUCAAGGACAACUUCACGGAUACGCCCGGACUCUCGGCGGACAAGAUCGCGCCUACUAUUGGCCAGAACAUCAGUCGGGUGACGCUCAGUUCAUCCGUACUCCAGUUCUGGGAUCUCGGUGGUCAGAGGGAUAUGCGAACGAUCUGGUCAAAGUACUAUGCAGAAUCUGAUGCCGUCGUCUUUGUCAUCGACUCGACAGAUCCCCAACGGUUCGACGAAUGCUGGCAGGUCUUCGAGACUGUCGUUGCCGAUAGGAGGGUAGACGGAGCGCCCAUUCUCGUGCUUGCCAACAAACGAGACUCGGAUCAGUGCGUCCAGGUUGAAGAGAUCAAGGAGCGUUUCAACCGUCAAGUGGAAGCCAUGAACAUCUCAGAGGGGCUCGUCAUGCCCAUAUCUGCUCUCAGAGGAGAGGGCAUACGGGAGGCUGUCAACUGGCUUUUCUUCCGAGUC